AUGGAAGCUGGACUAUCAUUGCGUGCAGAAAAGACCUUGGAGGAUCUCCUUCCCGCCAUCGCAGCAGGCGCCCCACCUAGGCAGUACGAUGCAACAACGGCUGUCGAUCUCUCUAGCGCACAGAACGAGGUGCUUCGACCGGAGCUUGUAAGACUUCUCCAGAGCACUGUAGAAGACAAAAUUACGAUAAGUUGUGCUGAUCGAGUGCUGCAGGUAUUCGCUUUGCCUGCAUCUAACGGUGGAGAUGCACAACUCCGGGAAGCACUUGCCUCAUUCUUCAACAACCAUUUCCAUCCAAUUCAUCCUGUCAAAUCUGCGCAUAUUGCCAUAACUGCUGGCGCAACCGAUGCGAUUGAGAAUGUAAUCCACGCCGUUUGCGAUGAUGGCGACAGCGUGCUCGUACCUGGACCUUCGUGGCAUGGGUUUAUGCCUAUGCUCAAGAGCCGAUCAAAUGUCAACAUAGUCAUUGCCCAACCUCCAGCCUAUGAUAAUUGGGACAAUUAUCUUGCUGCUUCAUUGCAAGCAGUGUACGAUUUCUCGGCAGACCGAUCUCGCAUCAAGGCCGUGUUGCUGUGCAACCCUCACAACCCUCUGUCGAGAUGUUACUCGAAAAAAUCCCUGCUUGAGGUCAUGGAGUUCUGUCAGGAGCAUGGACUACACCUUAUUGUUGAUGAGAUAUACGCCUUGACCGACCUCAACACGGCACCAGCAAAGGCAUCACCCUUCGUCUCUGCAUUAUCACUUACUGAGCCACUUGUCCCAGAAGGUGCAGUCAAAGUUGACCCAAGCCGUGUGCAUGUCGUAUGGAGCGCAAGCAAGUUGUUCGGCAUGAGCGGGUUCCGCGUUCUUCUAACCAAUUCGCUUGCCAAGUGGAACAUUGAAUUCAUCACGCCUUCGCAUGGCGUGUUUGUAUUCGCAAAGCUAGCCAAAUGUGCAAAGAGCGCAGCGGACGAGGAGAAGUUCUACGACAAGCUGGCCAAGGCGGGGGUAAGGGUCGGAGAAGGCAGACUGUACAAAGGUGUGGAAGGGGAGUACGGCUGGGCGAGGAUAUGCUUCUCGCUGCCAGUGGACGUUUUGCAGACGGCGCUUGGAA